UAUCUUACCGUUGGGCGUUAACGUUGGUUAAUUAAUAAAAAAAAAAAAUGGGGAAAAAGACGAAGAGCUGACUAGCAUGAUCUGAUGGUACUAACUGCUAACUGCUAAUUAAUAGAGUAGUGUUGACAGAGAAGAUGACGACGUACUCAAUCUUAAAUUUGCCACUUCCCUUUAACUUCACCGACUAUCGAUCUCUGAAUCGCCAUACUUCUAUCAUUUACCCAUUAAAUUCGACAAAACCAUCUCUCUCCCCCCAAGCUCUUCGAGUUUCGCGCCUUUGCAACUGCAAAGCCACAGCAACGCCCAUGGAAGUUACUGCAGUCGAUAGCACCGGUAGCGGAAACCCACCCAUGAAGCUAUUGUUUGUGGAGAUGGGCGUUGGCUAUGAUCAACAUGGG